GCGGCGGCGGCAGCGUCAGCUGAUCGCGGCGCGGCGGCGGCGAUGGACUUUCUGCUGGGAAACCCCUUCAGCUCCCCUGUGGGGCAGCGCAUCGGGAUAAUUAGCUGCUGGGUCAGAAGCAGAAAAAGGCAGCUGUACAGAGGAAGGACCUCUCUAAAGGGGUAGAGGACCCACAGCAGCGAGGGAGAGCCACAGAUUUUGCAGGGACAGCAGUUUUGAAAAUGCAGGCAUUUCUGUAAGUACAUUGCUGGGACUGAGCUCUCCUGAAGAGCACCUGAGAGAGCUACUGAUGGGUCCCUUCGGAGUGAGGACUGGGCUCUCAACAUGGAGAUCUGUGACAUCAUUAAUGAGACUGAAGAAGGGCCCAAAGAUGCAUUCCGAGCCAUUAAGAAGAGAAUUGUAGGCAAUAAGAACUUUCAUGAAGUUAUGCUGGCUUUGACGGUUCUGGAAACCUGUGUCAAGAACUGUGGCCAUCGUUUCCACAUCCUUGUGUCCAGCCAGGACUUUGUAGAAGGUGUUCUGGUGAGAACAAUCCUGCCAAAGAACAAUCCACCUGCCAUAGUGCAUGACAAGGUGCUGACCCUCAUCCAGUCCUGGGCGGACGCCUUCCGCAGCUCUCCAGACUUGACUGGUGUCGUUGCUGUCUAUGAAGACCUGAGACGGAAGGGUCUGGAGUUCCCCAUGACUGAUCUGGACAUGCUGUCACCUAUCCACACACCACAGAGGACUGUGUAUAGCUCCAACUCUCAAUCUGGACAGACCUCACCUGCAGUCAACUCCCCGCAGCAGAUGGAGUCCAUCCUCCACCCUGUCACCCUGCCCCCUGGGAGAGGCACAUCCAGCGAUGCACCUAUCACACCCACACCAGAGCAGAUCGGGAAGCUGCGCAGUGAGCUGGAAGUGGUGAAUGGGAAUACAAAGGUGAUGUCGGAGAUGUUGACGGAGCUGGUGCCAUCCCAGGCCGAGCCUUCAGACCUGGAGCUGCUGCAAGAGCUGAAUCGGACAUGCAGAGCCAUGCAGCAGCGAGUCCUGGAGCUGAUUCCCCGUGUCCUCCAUGAGCAACUCACCGAGGAGCUGCUCCUCAUCAAUGACAACCUCAAUAACGUGUUUCUGCGCCAUGAAAGGUUUGAGCGACUUCGGACAGGACAGCCUGUUAAGGCACCAAAUGAGGCAGAGAACAGCUUGAUUGACCUGGGACCCAAUACUCCUUCAGCACUGAAACAGCCUGAAGUCACCAGCAACCUUUCCUCUCAGCUGGCUGGAAUGAACCUGGGCUCAAGCAGUGUGAGUGCAGGGCUGCACUCCCUCGACACUUCUGGCAAGCUGGAAGAAGACUUUGACAUGUUUGCCCUGACCCGUGGCAGCUCACUGGCUGAGCAGCGCAAAGGGGUAAAGUAUGAAGACCCCCAAGCCACCAAAGGCCUUGCUGGUGCCCUGGAUGCCCGGCAGCAGAACACAGGAGCGGGGGAGUCUGGUGCCUCUAGUGAUGGAGCCCAGCUGACAAAGUGGAUGAUGCGUCAAGGAAUGGUACCAGUUCCUCAAGCCAAUUUCAUGGAAGACAUAGAAAAGUGGCUCUCCACUGACGUGGGAGAAUCAGAGGAUCCAAAAGGUGUCACCAGUGAAGAGUUUGACAAAUUUCUGGAAGAGCGAGCGAAAGUUGCAGACCGCCUCCCUACUUUGUCCAGCUCCUCAGCAGGGACGUCCCUCUCCCCUCCUGCUGCCAGCCAUCAUCGGAAGCAAGCAAAUGAAGAUGAUGCUAUGUUUGCCUUGUGAAUGCUAUGGACCGGUGUGCUGUGGAGCAAGAGGCUGUGUGUGCUGUUUAGCUUGCCUCCAACCAGGGGCCAGCAGAGGAAGAACUCUGUCCCCUUCCUCCAUUCUCUUCCUGUUUUACCUUUGAGUUGUUUUUAUUUUUAAGCUGCUUUCAGACUUCAGAUAAUCUUUGUUGUGUUUAGGGAUAUCAUACAAUAGACUUGUAAAGGGGGUUUCAAAGCUGCUAGAGAAUGUGGGAGUUCAGUGGGCUUUUCUUUUUAUGGUACAGUGUGGGCAAAGCAGAAGAAGCUCCAGAAGAAGCUCCCCCAUCCUACUUUGCAGUGAGAUAGUUAGAGAUCUUGCCCAAGAAACAGGAGAGGCUGCAGUCUGCUGCCGAAAUCAUUCCUGCCUGCCUCUUUCCUCACCUUUCCCCUAGAAUGUAUCUCCAGCCCUUUGCCUGCCAGUGUUAGACUAGAAAGCACAGGGAUGUGUAAGCAUUACUGGUGGCCGAGGAGAAACACAAAUGGUAGAGGGACCCUGUUGCUCUAACCACUCUUGCACAAGUGCUCGUGGUAUGCAACACCUUCCCACUCACAACCCCUUCUCUUCCUCUUCCUCUUCCUCUUCCUCUUCCUCUUCCUCUUCCUCUUCCUCUUCCUCUUCCUCUUCCUCUUCCUCUUCCUCUUCCUCUUCCUCUUCCUCUUCCUCUUCCUCUUCCUCUUCCUCUUCCUCUCCUCCCUUUCCCCAUCAGUUUAUCCAGAAGCCUACCCACAGCCCAGAUGUUUCUAUUAAAACCACAGCCAGUCAUCCAAGCCCUUGGCAGCUCAUAGGACUGCAAGCAGUACCCCAGGCUGAAGGGGCUCUCUCCCAUGGGGUAGGAUGUGCCUUCAGCAAACUAUUUGCAGUUAAUUUAAUUCUCCAUUAUCCUACUUUUCUCCCAGUGUGAUCCUACCUCCCUCUCUUCCUUUCACUAAUGCCUUCCAUCACAUUGUGCCGUGGUGUGGGGAGUCUCUCUGAGCCAGGCCAAUGCUACAGACUCCCUCGGGAUGGCCGUGUGUGCCGGGGUCACAGAGCUGCAUCCCACUAAAGCAGGAGGCUCUUCCAUCAGCACUGUUACACCAGUGGGAAUGUGCUCUUGCUGCAGAAGCUUGUUCAACUGGUGAGCACAGAGGGGAAGUGAGACAUCAGUCAUCUCAUGCCAGUAGAACAGCCCUUCAGCAGCCAGAAGUUCAUCUGCACAUGGGGAGAAAAACCCUUCAGAGCAAACUGCAUACGCUGCCCACUUGUAAAUGAAAGCCAGGGAGGAGGGUGCCAAGCUCAGGGCUCCUGCUCGUGGGAUUUCUUGUUGAGCGUGGGAGAGUUGUCUUUUUUUACUGCACAUUAAAGGAGCAAAGGCUUGAGCCUCCCUUGAAGAAA